UGAAAAUUUUCCAAUCAUGGCGACAGAAGCUGUUGUUUUCAAAAAGAAAUCCCGUCGAAAUUUUCGGAGGAAAAACUUUGAGGAUGAAAAUGAAGAAGAAGUAGCGGCCGACGAAGCUGCUGAGCAAGAAAAACCCGUAGUAAAACCUGAACAAAAACAAAAAAAGACUGUCCCAAAAACUUUGCUAAGCUUUGGCCAUGAUGAAGAAGAUAGCACGGAGGUUUUUAAGGUAAAGAAGUCUAAAGAAAGCCGUAGGUUGUCAAAACAACGUGUGAAAGCGAAGAAAACUAAGGAAAGUGAACCGGAAGAGAAAAUUGAAAGCCCUAGAGCAGAAGAUGUAAAUGAUGACAAGUUGGAAAGUCUAAGAGAAGAGCUAUCAAAUUUGGGAGGUAAAGAUGAUGAUGGUGGUAAUGAUUUGGCAGAGAAUGAUGGUGAUAAAGUCAUUCAGAGUGAUGGAAUUAUAUUUAAACCUCUACGUGCUAAUCCAAACAAGAAUACAUCUUUUCAAAUUCCUGAUGCAGCUGCCAUACAUGCGGCACGGAAAAGACGGGAAAUGGCCAGACAGAUGGGAACAGAAAUUAUCCCUAUCGAUGAUACUGACAGAUACAGUGGUAGGUUUGAGAAUACAGAUAAAUCACGGUUAAUACGGGAAGAUGAUAAUGAUCAUAGUGACGAAGAUCCGGAUCAACCGCUUGGCUUUGGGACCCGGAAAUCUAAUCAUCCGGGAAUGCAGCGAAGACUUGAGGUUGAAAAAGCGCUUGCAAAAGAAAGCGAUGAAGAUGAGAAGAGUGAUGAAGAGGACGAUGCUUUGAGAAGGUUUGAGGAAGAACAGAUACGAAAAGGGGUUUCUAUUCCACAAACUCAGCAAGAGGAUGACAAUACAUUUCAAAUGUACAUGACUCAACAAUAUCUUUAUGGUAAUACUGAUGUAGAUCCUAACUAUGCUCAACAUGGGACGUCUUUGCCUGCUUACGCAAAUUAUCCACCAACAUCAUUAAAUACAGUAACGAUGGAUAUGAUUUGGGAAAAGAUUAAUAAUCGCAUUGUCUCAUUGCAAGAAGUGAAUCGAGGCCGGCGUUUGGAGAAGGAAAAAAUGACAUCACAGAUGGAGUCAAGUGAUGCAAGUAUUACAUCAUUGGGGAAACAGUUGGUGGAUGCUGAGGGACGUUAUGGAUUUUUUCAGGAGAUGAGGGGGUAUGUCAGGGACUUGAUUGAGUGUCUAAAUGAAAAGGUUCCUGUGAUAGAAGAUCUGGAGUCGCGAAUGCAUUCAUUAUUGAAACAAAGAGCGGACAGGUUUCUUGAAAGACGUCAAAAAGAUAUCCAGGAUCAGGCAGAGGAUUUUGCAGCUGCACAAACAGGAAAAUCAACUCAAGUCAAGCCUGAAUUUGAUGAAUUUGGUAGAGAUAAGUCUGCAUAUGUAGAGCAAGCGAAGCAAAGAAGAGCAGUGGAGAGAGAAGCAAGACGAAACAGGAGAAAGAAGGAACGAGAAGCAGCCACAUCAAAAGAGGAAGAGUCAAAGCAAUACCACGAAGGAUUCUCCUCUGAUGAUGAAGAAGGAAGUGGUGAUAUUUUGAGAUUCAAAGCUGAAUCAGAAAAAAUAUCAGAUGAAAGCAAAAAAAUAUUUGAAGAUGUUUUAGAAGAUUUUGGAAAUAUCAAAUCUAUUAUAACAAGAUUUCAGCAAUGGAAAUAUGGCUUUUCUGAAACUUACAAGCAAGCAUUUGUACAUUUGUGUUUACCUAAACUGGUUUUACCAUUUGUCAAAAUUGAACUGUUGGACUGGAAUCCACUUAUGAAAGAAUGCAAGGAUUUUGAAGAAAUGCAGUGGUUUGAAGAUGUCAUGUUUUAUGGCUUCAAAGACAAUUCCUAUGAUCCAGAUGAUGAAGAUACCAAUUUUAUUCCCAGAUUGGCUGAAAAAGUUCUUGUACCCAAACUAACAGCUCUACUUGGGGAUAUUUGGGAUCCACUAUCAUUAAAACAAACCGUUUUUGCUGUUAAUCUCAUCAAACGUUUGGUGCUUGACUAUCCAACAAUCUCUGCAGAAAAAAGACAUACAAAGGAGUUAUUUAACACAGUCAUUACAAGAAUUAAAAAAUGCAUGAAUGAUGAUAUUUAUGUUCCUCUCUAUCCAAAAUCCUUGCUGGAAAAAAAGUCAAUUGGAGCAGAAGCAUUUGUAGAACGACAGUUUUGGAGUUGUUUAAAGUUGUUAGGAAACAUAUUUCUAUGGCAUGGAUUAAUCUCAGCUCCUAAGUUACAAGAACUGGCUGUUGAUGGUCUAUUAAACCGUUAUCUCUUGCUCUCAUUACAACAUGCCGCUGGAAAACAAUAUGAAAAUGUUAUAAAAUGUCAAGCAAUUGUGUCUGUACUCCCACAUGAUUGGUUUGAAGGAUCCAGAAGGACAACACUGGAUUGCUUGGGUUCAUUCUCUCGGUAUCUGGAGAGCUUAGCUAAAUCUUUGAAAUUAAAAGCUGAGGGUUCCACUGCACAAGAGAAGAAGAAAGCCAGGGUUGCCAUUAAAAAAGUAAUCCUGAUGAUGGUACAAAUCAAAUCUCUUGACAUGGCAGAAAAUUUUAAAAUUGCAUUGUAGACUAAAUAUGAAAUUCAACUAUGUAACAGAGGUGUAACCAGGGUGGAGCCAGGGAGAGCGGUGCUUUGGGUAUGCCCCUGUGUGUAAAUAUUUCUGAUACAUUGUUAGGAAAAUAUAUAUAAAAUCCC